CUGAGAAGAGAGGAAUGGAGAAGAGCCCCUUCCCAUUAGUGCCUUUGCAUUGGUUUGGCUUUGGCUACACAGCACUGGUUGUUUCUGGUGGGAUUGUUGGCUAUGUAAAAACAGGCAGGGUGCCGUCCCUGGCUGCAGGGCUGCUCUUCGGCAGCCUAGCUGGCUUGGGUUCUUCGAUGUCUCAGGAUCCAAGGAACGUUUGGCUUUUCCUAGCUGCUACAUCUGUUACUUUUGUUGGUGUUAUGGGAUUGAGAUCCUACUACUAUGGAAAAGUCAUGUCUGUAGGUUUAAUUGCAGGUGCCAGUUUGCUGAUGGCCGCCAAAGUUGGAGUUCGUAUGUUGAUGACAUCUGAUUAGCAGAAGUCAUGUUCCAGCUUGGACUCAUGAAGGAUUAAAAAUCUGCAUCUUCCACUGUUUUCAAUGUAUUAACAGAAAUAAGUGCAGUAUUUUUGCAUCUGACAUUUUACCUAAAAAAAAAAAAAAAAGACACCAACCUUGGCGGAGGGGUGGAAAAUCAGUUGUUACCAUUAUAACCCUACAGAGGUUAUAAUGAGGAUGUAACAUGAGCUUAUGGAGACCCUCAUAGAGAUCGAUUCUUGUGUAUCGAUGUUAUCUCUUCUUUCUGUAUCUAUAGGUAAAUCUCAAGAGUAAAAUGUUAGGUGUUGACAUUGAGAACCGUGAAACCCCAUUCCGUGCUCUGAGGAACAGUGUGAAAAAGUAGAGUAUCUGUUCUUUUGCUCAUCUUAGACCACAGACUGAUUUUGAAAUUAUGUUAAGUGAAAUAUCAGUGAAAAUAAAGUUUACUAUAAA